AUGCCUGAAUCAUUGAAGAUGGACACGACGGCUCUCGUCUGUGCCAUCAUUGGCAUCCUGAUUUUCUCUAUCAACGUCCUAAUCUUGAUUUUGCGGCUUAAAACCCGGAAGAAACUGCGCCCUCAGGGCUCGCCGUACUUUCAUGGCUGGGAUAACUGGUUCGCGAUCAUUGCAACACUUUUCACCUUCGCCGUGGUAGUGCUCGCGGUACAAGGGUUCGCGGGCGGUAUCGGGUACGAUCUGAACCCUGAGUCCGAGAUCUACACUCUUUGUGAGUACAGCAGCCACUACGAGUUUAGACCUGUCAACACUCUAACAGUAACAGUGAUAGAUCAUUUGCCGGCCCUGCUGCAGUGGAUCAACUAUUGCUCUAUCCUGGCCAUAUCCUGCGUUGCUGCUUGGCUUGUAGCAUCCGUCACCGUCCUUGUGCUUGUGUUCAUCAAUCCCAUGCGAAUCCCGUGGAUCGAACAGCGACCCGGCUUGGAAGUUCUCAUUUUCACACACAUGAUUACCGAGGUCUUGAUCGCAAUACUUCCUCUCUAUCCCGUAUGGAAGUUAAAUAUGAAAUCUUCCGAUAGGAUGAAGACGAUCGCUUGGUUCUCGAUAGGCUUGGUCGAAAGAAAGCCGGUUGGCCAUGAGGGCCACCAAGAACAGCAUGAAAUGCAGGUCCUUUCGAGCUCUACCAGACGCUCUAGCAAUUGCCACAGCGGGGCGCUUGCUCGCGUCGAUAAUGAUGGACCCUAUGUUGUUGCCUUACAGUUAGCCUAG